UAAUGCAACAAAAAGCACUCAUUUCGACGAUUGGAGUGAUUAUGAAAAAACUUGUUUUGACAUGAUGCCUCUAUUAAAUCUAGGUCUAUGUACACCUGAUUCCUGUACUGAUUACGAUGUGAGGAAAAUUGUCCAAUUCGUUUACGAAAGUGCUGAACUUGCACUAAAUACGAAGCUUGUCUGCAAUUGUAGCAAUUCUAGACCAGAAAAUCAAAUUUAUCAUGACCAAAAGUCUAUGGCUGUUCUAUUUUUACUUUUUGCAAUAGCUUCUUUAAUGUUAUUCGGCACUUGUUAUGAUGUUUAUGUACACAGACCGCUAGAAAAAAGUUUAAAAAUUCAAAGACUAAAAUUAAAUGGAGGUAAUGGAAAGCCUGUUAGUGUAGAGCCACAAUCAAAAUUUGUUACGAUUAUUAGGCUAUUUUCUGUGGCUCGUAAUUUGGACUAUAUUUUGGACACAAGAAUGGAGGAAGGACAGAUUCGGUGUUUACACGGUGCCAGAUUCCUGAGCAUGUGCUGGGUCAUCUUUGGACAUACUUACUACUAUAUCUGUACAAGUUUAACAACUGAUAAUUUACUUCAAACCAUGCAAGAAUUUACCAAAUUUUUCUAUAAUCAAAUGGUUGUACAGGCACCCCUAGCUGUAGACUCUUUCUUUUUACUUAGUGGAUUGCUUACUUCUUAUAUUUUUCUUGUUAAACUACAAAAGAAACAAUUUCGGUUAAAUUCAUUCAGCACCUGGUUCGCUUAUUAUGUACGCAGAUAUCUUAGGUUAAACUUCUUUUAAAAAUUAUUUUUAUUUGUAUUUAGACUUACGCCUGUAUAUUUGUUUGUUAUGAUAUUAUUGGUAACUGUACUUAAUUACAUCUCUGAAGGGCCUUUCUGGCAGCCUAUUGACCCAAACUUUUGUAGAAAUAGUUGGUGGACAAAUCUACUUUACAUUAACAAUUUUGUUUUACAGGCAGAUUCGUGUAUGGGAUGGACAUGGUAUCUAGCUAAUGAUUUUCAGUUAUAUGCGUUUGCGCCAAUUUUAAUAAUUGCUCUACAUAG